AUGUUAGCAAUAGAAUUUUACAAAAUCAUACAAAAUGAAGAAACCGUUACUAAUUUUUUAAUUGCGAAAAAUCUAUUAGUAAAUCUAGAAAAUAUAUUAUGCAAUAAAUGUGAUAGUGAAAUGAAAUAUUACAUAAAAAAAGAGCGCGGUAAAGAAAGAAAAUUGUUGAGGUGUAAAAGGAAAGGGUGUCAAACCAAUAUCCAAGGCACAUACCCAGAGAAUCGAAAGUUUAUGGCGGCCUCUAAGACUGAAAAUCGUGAAAAAUAUGUGUGGUACAACUCCAGAUUUGCUUCCAAGGUAUAA